UUAUAAAGGCCAGCAACCGGCCAUUCGAUCCUCGUCUCGAAUAUCACGAAAAGCGUAGGUAUCAUCGUGCGCCUGCAAAACGCCAACCUCAAACAAACAAAACCGAACAGAUUACCUAUGCAAUUUACAGAUGAAGCACAACAAGACGAAUCAAUGACCUCGUACUUAAUUACCCAUUCUCAUUCUCCAUUUCCAUUUCGGGGGGAAGAAAAUCAUCCAAGAUGAGCAGAAAUUCAACAGAACCAGGAACAGGAACAGGGGCUGCAAACCCUAGAAUGGGCUCUGCUCUGGCCCUAGGAAUCGUAUUUCUGUUGACGGCCUUGAUCCUGUUCGCGGUGUUUAUAUGGGUGAGAGUGGUCAGGCGCCAGGUGAGUCCUCAAAUGCGCAGGGCCAUGUCCAAUGGAGGCACAGGUAUGGAGCCGGCGGAGGUGGGACUCGACCCCGAGACCUUGGAGUCCUAUCCGAAAGUAGUGUACUCGGAGAAGCUGUGCAGAACGAAAUCGGAGGCUCAGGAGCGAUCCUGCUGCUCGAUUUGCCUGAACGAUUACCAGGAAUCGGAAGACAUUCUUCGAUUGCUGCCUGAUUGUGGCCAUAUGUUCCAUGUGGAGUGUAUAGACCAGUGGCUGAAGCUCCACCCUACAUGCCCUAUGUGCAGGACUUCUCCCCUGCCUUCGCCCAUCAUGAGCCCUCUUCCUUCGCCUCUUUCCCAGGCUCUCCCUCUGGUUCGCCAUGACUCGCUCUCUGUUCGCCAGGUCUCCUUCGCUGAUCACAUUUCUGUGCAAGUUUAGUCGUAUUCUUCUCUACAUGUGCGCUGGAUUACCGAGCUAUAAAUAGGAUUCUCUGCGCAUCCGGGAUCCAUCUCUGCCUCUUCAAAAUUUUCAAUUUGAAAGCUCCAUUGAUCUUUGCAGGGCUGAGAGAGUGAAGUUGAUCACAUGUUGUAUUCAAACAAUCUUAAUUUAUAAAAGGAUUUUCUGUUACAGACAAAUACGAACAGGCCGGUUUCCAUGGCUGUUUAUAUUUGCUCAAGGCUCUUGUUUUAGACUCUUGCAUUACCUACCUGUCGCAGAGCAAUUUUCCACCCCAGAAAGUUUAAAGCUAUUAAUUAGCAUCUGCAGUUUCCUGACAUACAAUUAACCGUAGGGAAGAUAAAAUCCCUCUUACUUCAAUUAUGAGCCAUUAGAAUCAAAGGUUUAAUGGUCAAGGGAUUUUGUUAAAAUUUGUUACAUGUUUAUUUGUUAGUCCCUGCUUAAUGUUUUCACUUCUAACAUUAACAUGUUUUGGUCACUGUGAAAAUUGAAAAAUUUAAUCUUUUAUAUCAAA